AUGCCUGAUCUCCACACACUCCCCGAGGGCUCUCGUCCUUCCGCGGCCAUCCGCAACAACGGUCCGGUGGACCUGGUAAUCGAGCGCUACAAGAUACGCGAGCUGGCGGAAGGCUGGCCUUGCUACCGGGACUCUUGUGAAUGGGAAAAUUUGAAAUCAAUCUUUUUCGAAGAUGCGUACAUCUACACUUCAUGGACUGGGCGAACCCAUUACAUGGACUUCAUCCAGGCCUCACAAAAUGGAAUGGACAAUGGGGCAUUCAUUAUGCACCGGAUCCAUGGGUUAUCUACGGACAUCAACGUUUCUGCCACCCUUGCAGUUACGAAGAUGAAGGCAACCAUAACUCAACGUUUUGAUCUGGAUGGUAUCGAGGCCGAUGCUGAGUCCGACUGUCGAUUUGUAUUUUUUUGGAGCAAAGACAUCUCGACAGGCAAAUGGGGAGCUAAUUUCGUGCGACAUUUCUACGAAAAAGACAAGCUGAUCCCGGUGAAUCCAAACAGAGUGCCGAGACUGGAUUUGCAGAAAUUGAGCGAGUUUCCAGUCGGUUAUCGCUACCUUGGGUAUUGUCAAGAGAUAACAAUGGGCGUGAAAGUUAUCAAGGAUUUACCUGGGCAUCGCCGGGAAAUAGACACAGCGAACCGGCAAAAGCAUGAUAUUUUGUAUGAGCAAAUCAAAGCUUGGAUGGAUGGAGAGAAGAUUGAAAUAUAG